AUGCACUAUGACUCUCACUCUCGUUCACGACCUCAGAUAUCAAUACCCGCAUCCCAGUUACCUCCUGGAGCGCGCCAACCCAUCAAUCCCAGCCCAUCUUCCCGAUUGUAUUCACCCUGGGCUUUCGAAGUAACUCCACCACCUUAUCGCGAGGACGUAGACGGCCACGUUCCAUCAAGAAAUCCCUGGGACGAACAAAAUGCUAGACAACGGACUCAGUCCAUGGUUAAUCUGAGUCGUACUUCCAACAUGGCCGCAGCACCUGGAAUUGUUACACCCAUGGCCUUUCCAGAACCUCAAAUCUGCAGAUCUGUUUCGCAAAGAGCAGUUCAACCUGCUCUAGAACGAUUUGGUCAUAGGCCGAGUCGGAGCGACGUGCAAGUUGAAAGAUUGCAUCAGACUCCCUCCAUGAUUUCGUUGGCUUCUUCUUACCGAAACGAGGAAAGUGACGACUAUGCUGCCUCAAAUGAGUCUUAUGGUGACGAAGACAGUAUGACUAGUGAACUAUCGAAUCUCUCCAUUGACGGUGUUCGAAAAUUCCAGUCAGGAGAACUCGCUGAAGCGGAUCAGGACUGGCAUCGACUUGUUCCUCCGGAAGCCGUCGAUGCGUUGGGGAAGUCUGAAGUUCAGCGUCAAUCAGUUAUUUUUGAAACACUGAAGUCGGAAAAGGAAUAUGUGGCGGAUCUGGAGGCUGUCCAUAAUGUAUUCAUUAUCCCAUUGAAAAAAGCAUCUCCUCCCAUAAUUGCGCCCGCAAAAUUGUCUGGGUUCAUCAGUGAAGUGUUUGGAAACUUUGACCAAAUUCUCUCCAACCAUCAGCGCAUGCUCGGUGCACUUUUUGCCCGGCAACGAGACCAGCAUCCACUCAUACAGAGUGUCGCUGACAUCGUUCUCGAUGCUACAUUGAAGAGCGACUUCCGGUCUGCUUAUGAGGUUUACAUCAAGCACUAUCCUCUUUCCGAGUCUCACCAUAGACGAGAGCUAAAAACUAACGCAAACUAUCAGGCCUUUAUCCAAUCCGCUGCCAGUGAUCCACGUAUACGGAAACGCGAUCUCAUAACAUUUCUAUCUCGACCUGUUACCCGCCUUCCUCGUCUCAAUCUUCUCCUAGAACAGACUCUCAAGCUCACCGACAAUGAGCAUCCCGAUAAGGAAACCCUUCCGAUCAUACUCAAUAUCCUCAGUGAUACCAUUAAAAGUACUCAGCCAGGCAUAGAGGCGGCGGAGAGUAAAGUCAAGUUUUGGUCUCUGUGUGAGAGCCUGGACUUCCAGAAGGGCGAGAUCAUCGAUAUGGAUCUAUACGACAAUAACCGGACGCUUAUCUAUUCAGGUCCUGCAUCAAGACGGAGUCGCUCUGGGCAUGGUUGGCAGGAGCAAUUCUGUGCAUUGCUGGAUAACUAUUUCCUAAUCACUCGAGAGGAAACACGGCCUAAUGGUGCAGUGAAACGAAGGCUCAUGUCCCGACCCCUCUCUCUUUCCUAUCUUAAACUUGGGCCCUUCGACUCGGCACCCGAAACGCGCAAAGAACAUAGGAGUGGUGGCACACUGUCUGGCCUAUUAUAUCAAAAUGUGAACGUAUACCCUUUCACCAUCUAUCAUUCCGCAAACACGCUAGGACGGCGAUAUACCCUCUAUGUUUCAAGUGAGGCUAUAAGGAAGAAGUGGUAUAAUGCAUUCGUCGAUGCACUCGCGGUACAUCAUGCCAGACAGGAGGGUAACAUGUUUUUCGUCCCCCAGCCCUUAACACAGAGGUUUUUCCGUUCAGCGCCAGCUACCAGGGGAGAUGCUGGAAACGUCACCGGGAGAAUCAUCACCGCGGUACCAUUUGUCGUGGGUGGUCGCGAAUUCCUAGCUGUUGCUUGUCCGUCAGGUAUCUAUGUUUCUAUUCGGGGUGACGAAAACUACCGGAAAGCCCUGGACCAUCAUAACGCAACGUCGCUAGCUGCGCUGCAAACGACGGGAGCAAAGACCUUCAACAGGCUAGUCGUAUAUGAAGACACGUCGCUGAUAUCCUACUCUCUCGAACUCCUAGCCCAGGUAGCGCUCGGACGUGCUGAUCCAAAGUCUGUGUCUACCUCUCGAGAACGAGUCGCUCCAGCCGAUUUCAAUGUCCUGUUCUUCAAAUACUUACAUAUUCGACAACGUGUUCUCGUGAUAUAUGCAUCGAAGAAGUUUCUACAGUCUAGUUUGAACCUUCAUGUCUUGGAGGCUGUUGAUAUUUCUGAAGUUGAACCGAGCCGGAAGAAACGGCACGAAAUUUCUGGGCCUAAAUCGUUCCGGCCUUUUGGUCAGCCUGGUUAUGUGCCUAAAGAUGCCUACGACAUAACGCCUUUGACGAGGACUAUUGGUAUCUGUUCGCGAGAUGGAAUUGUGGUAGUUGACCCCACAGACCUGUCCAAGUCUCGGAUAGCCAUCGUGCCAGAUUUCUCUGAGGUAUCGGAUAACCCGCCCAUGGCCAAGCUUAAAGAGCGUCUGUCGGAUGCUAAAGCACUUGGUCUUGUCAGAAGCAACAAGGAUGAAUUGUUGGCGAUCUACGAUACCAUCGGGUUUUACAUCACCAAACAUGGUGUACCUUGUCGACAAUCUGGCUUCAUCAAAUGGGAGAAUACAGCGUUCUCAUGUGCACCCCAUGGUGGUUACAUCCUUCUGUUCUCGUAUCAGUUCAUCGAAAUACGGCAUGUGUUUAGUGGGAGACUUGUUCAAGUAAUUGAAGGACAGGAUAUCCGACUAAUGUAUUCAAGUCCAAGGGUUGAUAUCAGUGAUUUUAUCCUUGUUGCGAUGAGAGGAGACAGGAGCGAUGAGAAUGGUGUGAUGGAAAAGGUUGUGGAACUGAAGGAAACGAGAGAAAUUGGAGCUUACACUGCUACACCGGUGGAUAAUUCUAGGCCGGCUGGGAUGUGGGAUGAGUGGGAUAUGUAG